AACUUCACACUGUUGCCGCGUCUGAUCGCGCGUUAUCGAAGCGCGAGUGUGUAUAGUUGUGCCUUGGUGAAAAGGAACCGGUAGAAUCGCUCCCCAAUUACACAACCGCGGAGCAUCAAGGCACGUGCUUUCGUGCUCUAUAUUGCGAGCAAAUAGCCAUUGACAGGUGUGCCGACACAAACAUCAUGUCUCUCUUCCAGCGCCUUACGCGGACGCUUCGUCCUACGUCCUUCGGCGCCAUAUCCACCUUGCGCGCCACCAGAUCAGCUCGCUCGCCAGAGCUAGGCUCCAACUUCUUCGGAAAUGCUACACGUCUGGGCCUCCGUCACCGCACUUACAAGGCCUACAAUGCCCCAGAAGACCACACCACCUCCAACAUGCGCCUCAUCUACGCCUUCAUGGGCCUCAACGGCGCCAUCUUCGCCUAUGCAACCUACGUCCAAGAGCAGGCCAAGCAGGGCUACACCCCGGCCUUCAUCCACUUCCUCCAAAACUGCACCCUGUCCCCCACCGGCUUCUUCAAAGAGGGCCGCUACUGGACCACCAUCACCUCGGUCUUUUCGCAUAUGAACAUCAUGCACAUCGCGGGCAACAUGUUGUCCUUCUUCUUCAUGGGCCAGAUGCUCGCGACCACGCCGGGCUUCACGCCGGGCAAGAUCGCCGUUCUAGUCAUUGGGAGUGGCCUGGCGGGAAGCAUCGGUUGGCUUUACACGACGAUGAAGAACCGGAACUAUCAAAAGCGUGCGCUGGGAUUCUCAGGCAGUGUGAUGGGCGUCGGGACGGUAGCGGCGUUCUUGUAUCCCAAGGCGCAGUUUGCGAUUUAUGGUAUUGUCCCAGUGCCGUUGUGGGCGCUAAUUGCGGGGUAUGCGGUGUACGAUGGGUAUUAUUUGGAUGAUUCGAAUAGUAAGGUGGGACAUGCGGGGCAUUUGGGGGGUUUGGCCUUUGGGAUCGUGUAUUACUUUGCUAGGGUGAGAGGAUUGAGGAUUUGAGGGGUGGAGAGGAAACUGCGGGGUGGUGUGGAUAGACUUCAGAUACUUAGGAGGUUGGUCGGGUGCCUAUGUGCUGUAAGAUAGCAAGAGCUUUGCUUUCCCAUGUCGCAAGCUGUCUUUUUGAGUCGACCGCGUUGUCGCCGGCUACGCUGCGCAUGAGCAAUAACUUCACAAAGCAUACGAAGAUUCUGACGAGAUACAGGUCCGUAGGUGGUUGUCUACCGAU